UAUGUCAACAGUACAAACUCCACAUUCUCCACCUUCCUGGUGACAGGCAUUCCUGGUCUAGAGGCUGUGCACAUCUGGAUCUCCACACCAUUCACUGCCAUGUUCUUCAUCAUUUUGGUGGGCAACAUGACCAUCAUUGCAGUUAUCUGGCGAGAACAGACCCUCCACGUGCCUAUGUACCUCUUCUUGGCUAUGCUAGCUGCCUCUGAUCUAGGUCUGUCCCUCUUCACCUUCCCCACAAUGCUGAGGAUCUUCUGGCUGGAUGCUCAUGAGAUCACCUUCUCAGCUUGUUUCACGCAAAUGUUUUUUAUCCACACCUUCCAGGAUUUUGAGUCAGCUGUCAUACUGGCAAUGGCCUUUGACCGUUUUGUGGCCAUAUCUCGUCCAUUGCACUAUUCCUCCAUCCUUACCAGUGGUGUAAUUGCCAAGAUAGGUCUGGCCAUUGUAGUGCGAACCUUAACUGUACAGGUACCCCUACCUAUCCUCUUGAGGAGGCUGUGCUUCUGUCAUUCCAAUGUACUCUCUCAUUCCUACUGCCUGCAUCCUGAUAUCUUAAAGCUCUCCUGCUCCAACACCAAGAUCAACAGCAUCUUUGGACUAUUUGUGCUGCUAUCUACUAUGGGGCUUGAUUUUCUCCUUAUCUUUUUUUCAUAUAUUCUGAUACUGAAAACUGUGCUAAGCAUUGCAUCCCACCGUGGAAGACUCAAGGCUCUCAACACCUGUAUUUCCCACCUCUGUGCUGUGAUCCUCUUCUUCACACCCAUGAUAUGCCUGUCUGUAUUACAUCGAUUUGGCCCAAAACUUCCCUCACAUAUUUAUGUGACCCUGGCCAACACACAUUUUCUCAUUCCUCCUGUGAUGAACCCCAUUGUGUAUGUGGUAAAAGCCACACAAAUACGAGAUAAAAUUCUGAAACUCUUCACCAAAAAAGGAUCAGUAACAUCCCAAGUUACAUUUGUAACAUGA